GUCGUGCGCGGUAACGACAAAGACCAUCUCGCACAACACUCGCCCGACUUCUGCGCAAUGUAGAGUGCCUCCUCCAACUCGCUUAUUCUAGGCGUUUUCCCAACCCCAACAUUUCGUCAGCAUGUUCCUCUCCGUCAAGAAGAAAAGCAACGGUCGAGGCAAGAUCGAGGCAAGCGAUGCUGUCUCGUGAGGUCGAAGCCUUGCUGUCCUGUUCCAAAGUGCACACUGCUUGCUUUGCCUCCUCAGCUGCUGCACCACCAUCGCCAUGUCUCAGCGGUUCAGGGCCGGUUCCUUUCGCUGCUAUGUCAUCUACACGCUCUCUGCAAAGCCUCCAGUCAUCUCGCCCUACAUCUCGAGCCAAUAUUCAAACACACGCGAUGAACAGCGUGAUUAUGAUGAUAGCAUGGUCAUGGAUAGUGAGUGUCUGAGCACCUCACACGAUGGAUAGAUCAAGAUUACAAUGGGGCUCGUGGGCCUGGCUAUGAGACAGCGACUGGAAGACGUGAGAAGAAGGGCUCAUGCUUUACACAGAUGUGUGAGACUGAUCGAGCCGCUCAAAAUAAAGCGGGCAAGUCGGCGUGUAAGUGUCGGUGAAGCGACGCUGCUU